AUGGGACUGUUCAAUGUGGAAGUCAGCAUCUCCAACUUUGAGAGGCCGGAGCGCCGGAUAACUUUGGACGCUCUGGUGAAUGAGAACAGAUUUUUUAGCAUCCUUCCCUUGUCGAUGCUGCGCGACUUAGAGGUAACCCCCUCUGGGCAGCAGAACAUUCGCUUUGCGGACGGCGUCGUGAGGAGCAUGAAUAUCGGGCUGGUGCGGGUUCAGAUUGAUGACAGAGAAGCCCCUACACAGGUGAUGUUCGGCGAAGAAGACGCGCAGCCGCUCUUGGGCAGAUUGACGCUGAAUGGACUUAUGCUUGUCGUUGACCCAGUAGAAGAAAGACUUGCGCCGAUGGAUAUCAUUAACGCCUGA